AUGAGCUUGUAUGAAGAUCUUGUAGCAGCUUGGGUACCUGCAAAACAUGCAUGGCUGCAGCCACGCCCUUUAGGUCAAGAACUCAUCAAUAGAUUGGGACGACAAAAGAUGUUCAGCUAUUGUGCCUAUGAUUUGUCGUUCUUACAUUUUGGAACCUCAAGUGAAGUCUUGGAUCACCUAGCUGGGGCUAGUUCAGGACUUGUAGGUCGUAGACACCUGUGUUCCAUUCCAGCAACCACUGAGUCUGACAUUGCUGCAUCUGCCAUUAUUCUUUCCAGCAAGAUUGCACCUCAUGUCUCAAUUGGGGAAGAUUCUCUUAUAUAUGAUUCUUCCAUUUCAGGCGGGAUACAGAUUGGUUCUCUAUCCAUAGUUGUUGGUGUUAAUGUGCCAGUAGUCAACGAUAGUGCAGCAAAGGAGCCUAUCAAGUUCAUGCUUCCUGAUCGCCAUUGUCUUUGGGAGGUUCCCUUAGUAGGAUGCACUGGAAGAGUUAUUGUGUACUGUGGUCUACAUGAUAACCCAAAGAAUUCUCUUUCAAAGGAUGGAACUUUCUGUGGCAAACCCUGGAAAAAGGUCUUAGAUGAUUUGGAAAUUCAAGAAGGUGACUUGUGGAACUCAAUAGGUACUCAGGAGAAGUGCUUGUGGAAUGCAAAAAUAUUUCCCAUUCUUUCUUACUUUGAGAUGCUUAGUUUGGCAACAUGGCUGAUGGGCUUGAGUGACCAAAGAAACGAAUCCUUUCUUCCGUUAUGGAAAAGGUCACACCGUGUCAGUUUAGAGGAAUUGCAUAGAUCAAUUAACUUUCCACAAAUGUGCUUAGGCUCUGGUAAUCAUCAGGCAGAUCUUGCCGCUGGGAUUGUUGAAGCUUGCCUUAAUUUCGGUUUGCUUGGACGCAACUUGUCUCAACUGUGUGAAGAAAUUCUGCAAAAAGAAGCAUCAGGAGUCAAAAUAUGCAAAGACUUCCUGGCCUUGUGUCCCAAUCUAAAGGCACAGAACUCUAAAAUCCUUCCUAAAAGUAGGGCAUACCAGGUGGAAGUUGAUCUUCUUCGAGCAUGCAGUGAUGAAACAACAGCAUGUGAACUGGAUCACAAAAUUUGGUCUGCAGUGGCUGAAGAAACUGCUUCAGCAGUGAGAUACGGCUUCAAAGAACAUCUCUUUGAAUCCUCCAGUAUGACAGUUACAAAAGCAACUCAGAGCAUUAACAUUGAUGGUCAUAUGGAUAAAUCUGUGUCCUCCAGAACGGUAAAAGUUGAGUUACCAGUUCGUGUGGAUUUUGUUGGGGGUUGGAGUGAUACUCCUCCAUGGAGUUUAGAGCGUGCUGGUUAUGUCUUAAAUAUGGCAAUUACUUUAGAGGGUUCUCUUCCAAUUGGCACCAUCAUAGAGACAACAAAAAGGACUGGGGUGUCAAUCAGUGACGAUAUUGGAAACCAGUUACAUAUUGAAGAUUUAUCUUCUAUUGCAACUCCUUUUGCCAAUGAUGAUCCAUUCCGGCUUGUUAAAUCUUCACUGCUUGUGACUGGUAUUGUCCAUGACAAUAUCCUUCUAUCUACGGGCUUGAAAAUUAAAACAUGGGCUAAUGUUCCCCGUGGUAGUGGCUUGGGAACUUCCAGCAUUUUAGCAGCAGCUGUUGUCAAGGGACUUCUCCAAAUUACUGAUGGAGACGAAAGUAAUGAAAAUGUUGCGAGACUUGUUUUGGUAUUGGAGCAGCUCAUGGGCACAGGAGGUGGUUGGCAGGAUCAAAUUGGAGGUUUAUACCCAGGCAUUAAAUUUACUGCAAGUUUUCCUGGAGUACCGUUGCGGCUUCAAGUCAUCCCCUUGUUGGCUUCUCCUCAGUUGAUUAGCGAGUUGCAGCAACGACUCCUUGUGGUAUUUACUGGUCAAGUUCGACUCGCACACCAGGUCCUACAAAAGGUGGUAAUCCGGUAUCUCCAACGUGACAACCUGCUUGUAUCCAGUAUCAAACGCCUGACUGAACUGGCAAAGAUCGGGAGGGAAGCUUUAAUGAACUGCGAUGUAGAUGAGCUUGGGGAGAUAAUGUUGGAGGCUUGGAGGUUGCAUCAAGAACUUGACCCUUAUUGUAGCAACGAAUUCGUUGACAAACUCUUUGCGUUUUCUGAUCGUUACUGCUGUGGCUACAAGCUUGUGGGGGCUGGUGGUGGAGGUUUCGCAUUGUUACUGGCCAAAGACACUAAGAGUGCCAAGGAAUUGAGCCGUUUGUUAGAACAGGGUCCAGAGUUUGAUGUAAAGGUCUACAAUUGGAACAUAUCUUUAGAAAGUUAGAAGGGUGUUUCCAUAAGAUAUAUAUUUAUUACGAUAGAUUAAUAUUUGAUGUGUGUGUGUAGAGGUUUAAGGUACGUUUGGGAGGAUCAUUGUUGUUAAUUUAUGUGGAGAUAUAUGUAAUUAUUGUUGUAUAAUUUCAUUUCAAUAAACCCUAGCAGCAUAGCACAGCUGCUUAUUCUUUCAAGUUCA